GAACUCUCCAUCACAUAGUCGAGAGACUUUCCGACAGCCGACAAGAUGAGCGCCAAUCAAGCUGACCUAACACCAAACGAGUACCUCCUGCAGUUCCUCCAACAAACAUCCGCCUUCGAGGUCCUGGGCUCCUUCUGCGGUAUACCAGCUGUCGGCUCUCCCCAACGACUCAAUGAGACCGCAGUAGUCUGUAUCGACGCAGAGUGGUGGCAGAAAGAACCGAAGCCCACCACCGAGCUCGGUAUCGCAGAGCUCAUGCAAAAAGGACUGACCCCGACCAUCCACGCCGAGAACAUCCUCUCUAGCAUACAAGUCCCCCAUGCCCGCAUCAUUCAGAACGCCCACCUCACCAACAGAUUCCCCGGUGCUGGAGACCCCGGGAACUUCCUUUUCGGCAAGACCAAGUUCGUUACUAUGGAGGAGGUGAAGCAGGUUCUCAUCAACGCGUUUGUGCGUCCGCGCGAAUGUGGAGACGGGUCUGACCUACAGCCUAUCAUCUUGGUCGGUCACGCCGUAGAGAACGAAUUCGAACAUAUGCAACGCGCAUUCGGUGUCGAUUUACUUAGUUACGGUACUAUCGUGAAGUUCAUCGAUACGCAACUCAUGGCGCCGGAGCUUGCGCAUUUCAACAUGGUCAUACCCAACCUCCACACCGCCGGCAACGACGCAGCAGCUACGCUUAUGGCGGCCGUCUUACUCACCCUUAAGCCAUGGAUGUAUCCCGAUGUCUCUGGUCCGUUACCUGCCGUCGUUCAGGGCCGCAGCAUGUCAGACGUGGUGACCGGAGUCAUGGAGAUGGGAAGGUCGCUCUCUCCACCACCGUGGGGAGAGCUCGUGUACUGCAUUCGAUGCGACCACAAGAGUCAUAGCGCCAAGCACUGUCAUACCGCUCUAAGUUGUCAGAUCUGCAGCAACUCGGGCGUCAAGAGGCUGUUUGGCGCGCGAAACACACAUAAAACUACGUGUUUGUAUCAGUUCUUGCCGGUGCCGCCAAGGGACUAUGGGCUUGGUGGGCAGUAGAUUAACU